UUUUUAAAUUGAUCGACAAAUUAUAUUUGGCGAUAAAAUAGAACUCAUUAUUCACUCGCUCUGUCGCUUUCUUUCUUUGUGAUCCAAACACAAGCAGAAAUUGCUCGUGAUUUUUCACUCUGAAUUCGAUCUGAAACGAAGAUGUCGUCUACCUUCAGCGGCGAUGAAACUGCUCCCUUCUUUGGCUUUCUCGGCGCCGCUGCCGCGCUCGUCUUCUCCUGUAUGGGCGCGGCUUACGGAACAGCGAAGAGUGGAGUUGGCGUGGCGUCGAUGGGGGUGAUGCGGCCGGAGCUGGUGAUGAAAUCCAUUGUGCCGGUUGUUAUGGCUGGUGUUUUGGGUAUUUAUGGAUUGAUUAUUGCUGUGAUUAUCAGCACCGGUAUUAACCCUAAGGCUAAGUCGUACUACCUCUUCGACGGUUAUGCUCAUCUCUCUUCCGGAUUGGCUUGUGGCCUUGCUGGACUUGCUGCUGGGAUGGCUAUUGGCAUUGUGGGAGAUGCCGGUGUUAGGGCUAACGCGCAGCAGCCUAAGCUUUUUGUUGGAAUGAUCCUUAUUCUCAUUUUUGCUGAAGCUUUGGCGCUCUAUGGUCUUAUCGUUGGAAUCAUAUUAUCUUCACGAGCUGGCCAGUCCCGAGCUGACUAGGGCAGAAGCUAGCGAUUUAAGUUCAUUGUUUUGGUGAAAUUUAUGGUAUUUUGGCAAAGUUUGAUCCUGAAUUACUACUAAUGACCUCCUGUAUUUUCAUCCACAAAGUUACUUGUGGGUGGUUGUUUUUAUAGUGUGGUGUUUAUUUGUAGUAGAGUAUUAGAUGAGGAUUUGGUUUUAUUGAAUAAGAGCCUGAAGGGGUUUUCCAUUAAA